AUGGAGGUGGUCUCAUGCAGCCACUCCUGCUCGGCAUUACAUCAAACACCAGCAAGUGCAUGGAGGCUUCGGGGCAGUGCUCUAGGUCUUGGUCUGGGGCAUGCCAAGCCUUCCCGGCCCAGAAGAUAUGCGGUUAUGUGUGUCGGAACCACAAGAGGAGCUUCGAAUCCAGGCGGUUCUGGCAAGGUCCAUGCAGCCCAGGGAUUCCAUGUAAGCGACGUGGAUGCAGCUCUGCAGGCCAUUCCUUCCAGGAAGGUGGAGGAGGUUGAGAAGGUGAUGAUUCAAGGCCUCCCGGAAGGCCCUGAUGGUCUCCCGAUCAGUACUGGGUUCUGGGAGUGGAAGCCGAAGCUGACUGUGUACUACGAGAGGUCCGGCGUGGAGAACAGCAAGGCGCCUGCGGUGCUCUUCCUGCCGGGGUUCGGAGUCGGGACGUUCCAUUUCGAGAAGCAGCUGAGGGAUCUUGGUCGCGAUCAUAGGGUGUGGACGAUGGAUUUUCUCGGGCAGGGGAUGUUGCUGCCAGGUGAAGACCCUGCUCCUAGUAGCAUCGCGAGUGAAGAGGCGUUUUGGGGGUUUGGACAAGAUUCGCAGCCUUGGGCAGAGGAGCUGGUGUAUUCUGUGGAUUUAUGGCAAAACCAAGUUCAGCAUUUCAUUGAGGAGGUUAUCCGUGAGCCAGUUUAUAUUGUGGGGAACUCUCUUGGAGGUUUCGUUGCUCUGUAUUUUGCCGCAUCCAGUCCACACCUUGUAAAAGGUGUCACAUUGCUUAAUGCAACACCAUUUUGGGGAUUCUUUCCUAACCCUGCUACAUCUCCCCGAUUGUCAAAGAUUUUCCCAUGGGCUGGGACAUUUCCUCUUCCAUCAUUUGUGAGGAAACUUACUGAAGCUGUUUGGCAAAAGAUAAGUGACCCAAAAAGUAUUCAAGACAUACUCAAACAAGUAUAUGCUGACCACUCAACAAAUGUGGACAAAGUGUUCUCUCGUAUUGUGGAGAUAACACAACACCCAGCAGCUGCUGCAUCAUUUGCCUCCAUUAUGUUUGCUCCAAGGGGUCAGAUAUCCUUCCAAGAGGCAAUCUCUAGGUGCCAAAGCCAAGGCGUUCCUCUAUCUCUCAUGUAUGGAAGAGAAGAUCCUUGGAUUAGACCUUUUUGGGGCAUUAAAGUCAAACAGCAGGUACCCGAAGCACCUUAUUAUGAAAUUAGUCCUGCCGGUCAUUGUCCUCACGAUGAGGUCCCUGAGGUUAUAAACUACUUGCUCCGAGGGUGGUUGAAGAACCUCGAGUCUGAGGGUUCGAUCGACCUGCCAUUUCUAGAAGAACCCAGCUAUGCUGAGCAUGGUGUAUCCAGGGAACUGGAGUUCGUCAGAGAAGGAUCAAGGAAAUCAGUUAGUGUGCGGCUCUAUGGUACCAAAAUUUCCUUAUGGAGCCAACUAAGCUCAUUCUUGAACACACAUGUCCCCAACUCACGGGUAGUCUUAAGAUAA